AUGUCGAACCAUACAUCUGAUGCAGAUUCGGUUACCGACAUUGAGUCGCAACAGUCGCCGCAGCUCUUCCGUUCUGUGUCUAGAGCGUCUGGUGCGGACAUCUUUUCCGAGCCUGAACAUGGCCAUGGAGCAGCAGUCCUUGAAGCCAAAGAUGGCACGGUAAUGCGGCAGACCAGUGCGCCUGGGACCCAGGAUGUUGAAGAGGACAUGUACAACCGGUUUACUGGUAGACAAAAGUUUGCCAUUGUCUUCAUUCUCUCCUUCUGUGCUUUCCUGUCCCCAAUUUCUAGCACAAGCGUUCUGGCGGCUACCCCAGAGGUAGCAAAGGAGUUUCAUACCACGGGUGCCAUUAUCAAUACCAGUAAUGCUGCAUACAUGGUGUUUAUGGGCUUCUCCCCUAUUGUCUGGGGCCCAAUGAGCCAAGUGUUUGGACGGCGACCUAUUAUUCUAAACACUGCCAUUGUGUUCUUCCUUAUGAGUUUGGGAACCGCACUGGCUCCCAACUUGGCUGCAUUCUUUGCAUUUCGUGCGCUCUCCGCGUUUGAAGGCACUUCUUUCAUCCUCCUGGGAGCUGCUUGCAUCGGUGAUAUCUAUCGACCAACAGAGCGAGGAACUGCUCUUGGAUGGUUUCUUUCUGGUACUGUUAGCGGGCCUGCAUUUGGCCCCUUCCUCGGUGGUAUCAUCGUGACUUACUCUUCAUGGCGUACGAUUUUCUGGCUUCAAAUGGCGCUUGCUGGAGCUGCGGGCAUCGGGGUUUACUUCUUUGUGCCAGAGACUAUUCACCGCAAGCAGAUAACAGCGCUUGCGGGAUACUCCCGUACAAAGAAGGCAAAGGCUGUGAUAAGCCUGAUCAACCCCAUUCGCGUUAUAACUUUGUUUAAGCAUCCGAACCAACUCCUUGUCGCCGCUGCCGCGGCAGCUCUCGUCUGGAACAUGUACAGCUUGUUGACUCCUAUCCGAUAUGUCAUCAACCCCCGCUUCCAUCUGGAUUCGCCUCUCUUGUCUGGUCUGUUUUAUCUUGCUCCUGGGUUUGGCUACAUUGUAGGCACUUUUGGAGGAGGCAGAUGGGCGGACUACACUGUCAAGAAAUGGAUAAAGAAGCGCAAUGGAGUCCGCAUUCCAGAAGACAGAUUACGAUCUGGGCUUCCCUUUCUGGGAGUGGUGAUACCAGCAACCAUCUUGAUAUAUGGUUGGUCAGUGGACAAGGCUGUUGGCGGUAUACCAGUUCCAGUUAUUGCGAUGUUUGUUCAAGGCGUCGCCCAGCUCUUCGCAUUCCCGUCGGUCAACGCUUACUGCCUAGAUGUGAUGCCUGGCCGCAGCGCUGACGUGACCGCGGCCAAUUAUUUCCUUCGAUACAUGGCAGGCUGUUUGGUGACGGGUAUCGUCUUACCAGCCAUUGACAGCAUUGGACUUGGUUGGUUUUCCACCAUCAGUGCUGUCAUUUUGAUUAUUUCUGCGGUUGGCAUCUGGGUAACGAUUCAAAUGGGAUGUGCCAAGGCAAAAGGAAUCAAAGCUCCAUGCAAUGCAAAUGAAGAAAGUACUCGAUGA